AAUGGCUCUGUUACCAGAAACAGCUUGGCUUCCUGAUUCCCUAUGGCCAGGGCCUCUUCUCCAUGAAGGUCUUGUGUUGGGGCAGAGUCGGGAAUUUUUUAACCAGGUAGGGCAGCUCUCAGGACCAAACCACGGCAGGCCGAGUUUUGACAAUAUCCGCAAGUUGAAUAGCUCCAGUUUGGGGUGAUGAUUACAUUUCUCAGUGUACUUCUGACUAAAAAAUGGCUGCAUUAAUAAAUGUUGUGACCACCCCUCGCUCGCACGCACGCACGCACGCACGCACGUUCCUCCUCCGUCCUCGCGCCCCUUUUCCUACACUUUCCUCUUCUCCCCGACCGGAGGAGCCGCUCGCGCCGCGCGGUGCAUUCUGGGGACCCAGGUCGAGCCCGCCGCCGCCGCCGUCGCCGCCGCCGCCUGAGAGCAGCAAGGAGAGGCCGCGACCGGGCAGAAAACGCCGGAGUCGCCGCCGGAGGAAAGUCGACUCCCCAGCCACCGCCGCCGCCAGCGAGGCCCGCCCACCCCCUGCCCCGUUCACAAUGCAGCCUGCUUCUGCAAAGUGGUAUGAUCGAAGGGACUAUGUCUUCAUUGAAUUCUGUGUUGAAGACAGUAAAGAUGUGAAUGUAAAUUUUGAAAAAUCCAAACUUACAUUCAGUUGUCUUGGAGGACGUGAUCAUUUUAAGCAUUUAAAUGAAAUUGACCUUUUUCAUUGUAUUGAUCCAAAUGAUUCCAAGCACAAAAGAACGGACAGAUCAAUUUUAUGUUGUUUACGAAAAGGAGAAUCUGGCCAGUCAUGGCCAAGGUUAACAAAACAAAGGGCAAAGCUCAAUUGGCUUAGUGUGGACUUCAGUAAUUGGAAAGACUGGGAAGAUGAUUCAGAUGAAGACAUGUCUAAUUUUGAUCGUUUCUCUGAGAUGAUGAACAACAUGGGUGGUGAUGAGGAUGUAGAUUUGCCAGAAGUAGAUGGAGCAGAUGAUGAUUCACAAGACAGUGAUGAUGAAAAAAUGCCAUAUCUGGAAUAAGGAGUAUUGUCAUCACCUGGAUUUUGAGAAAGUGAUUUCUCUGCAAAAUUUCAUAAUUGAGAGAAUUCCUGAGUUGAUAGCUCUAAAGGUGGAUGCUGUAUUUGCCACCUUUAACCCAUUUUUCAACCUAUUUGUUUUUUUAAAAGGCUUCACUAAGGGUUGAUAUGUAUCAUUGUAAGGGGCAGUUUUAAGUCAGCUAAGGCAAUAACCUUAUGCGUGAACAUUUCCCAGACUUCAUGAAGCUGUUGAGGUCCUAGAUAACUGAUACAGCAGUUGUGAUAAAUAAAAACAUUUCACUUAA